GGAGGGCCAUUCAUGUCUUGUAUAAGGCGAGGCUUUGUGAAAAGCUACCUUCCUUGCCCCGUCUUCUCCACGACACGACGAUCUAUAGCCACGAGACAGCCACUUUUCAGCACCUACCAAAAUGACCAGGCAAAGUCGAAUCCGCUCGAGCUUUAGACAGCCGACGCUGGUCGUCGUGCUGCUCUGUCUCGCUGCAUUGCUCGCGAUGACAUCGAGCACCACAGCGAUACCUGUGCCAAGCUUCGGCUAUCUUCGAGAGCAAGCGAUGGACAAGGUCGAUGCGCUCUUCAACAGACAACCAGCCAGCCUCUGCGAGCACCACAAGCACAAGGUCAAAAACGGCUUCUCCGAAUCUCGACAUUGUGAGACAUCCACAAAGACUGCUCAUGGGAAAUCUUGGUCCACUACAACCAGCACCCGCUUCGAGUCGUCUACUACCAGCGGCAGCGGCAACGGCAGCGGCGUCAAAGGCAAGAGCCACUUGGCCAGCUACUCCGGUCCUCUCAAGUUCAGCCAUUCACCGGACGGACUGCACCACUCCUCUUGGCUGAACUUCGACAUUUGAGCAUUUUGUGAGAGGCAGGACGCAAGACAGAACCCGAAGCAGAGGGGAUCGGCGAAAAAUUGUCGGUCGUAGAAGAUAUUCGCUUGAAGGAGGCGAGGGAGCUUUGCCUCGACUCAUUGGCGUCAUCCGCCCGGUUGGCUGCUGCUCCGACGUUGAAAUGUACUCGAAGCACCCGCGACAGGGAAUUACUUUCUGACAAAUGACCACCGUCAAUACCCUGAUCUCA